GGUCCACAUGGGUAUGACACAGUGACCGCUUAUCAAACUGGCAUCAUCUCUAAAUGUAUCUGAGCAAUUAUACAAGUCAAUCAGCGUGAAGAAACUUCGAAACUAACAAUAAGUUAGCCGCACAACAAGCUAAAAAGUUAGUCGACAGGUGAAUAUUGACAGCUGCACAUCACGUUCCAUACUUUAUACGGUCUUCAGAAUGAUUCUUCGGGUUCUCUUUGUAGUAGUUAUUGCAUGUGCAAUUCGAAUUAGCUCUAGCCAAGGGCUAUUUGAUCGGCGCCAAACAUCAGCUCCACCAAAUGACGGUGGGAUAAAAGUUAUAAAUGGAAAAGUUAAAAGAUACGAACGGUUGACUGUACCGAUACUUGGUUAUAAUCCAGGACAUACUUUAUAUUAUAAUAUCAAUGAAAAUAUGUGGCAAGCUUCGGCCACAAUCGUGCCAGAUGCUCCCGAUGCACCUAUUGCAGGAACCGUAACAUUCAAUCAAUGGCCAGCUAACAAUUAUGUCAAACUAUCAAUAAACAUUACAGGACUUCCGGUGGGAAAACAUGCCUUCCACAUUCAUACUUUCGGAGACGUUAGUCAAGGCUGCAAGUCCACUGGUGGCCAUUUUCCAAAUAACUUUAUUGGCAAUGUUGACACAAAAGAUGAUGGGACUAUUUCGAGUGUAUUCCUUAGCUCCUACCUUACAUUGUUUGGCAUUCAUGGAAUCAUUGGACGUUCGAUUGUGAUUCAUAGCAAACCGAUUGACAUUAAUAAUUCUCUGAACGCCGAAGUGUUUUCGUCAUCACUGCAAGCUUUGCCCGAUGCAGUGGCAUUCCAAAAUGAAGAGAAUUCUGUGGGGCCAGCGAUUGCGUGCGGGGUAAUUAGUAUAACUAGCAGUAAUGGCGGUAUGAUGAAUGGGGGCAUGAUGCCUCCACCACCAACUUUGUAAAUUUUUAUUAUUUUUUUUAUUUAGAAAACGAUACUAAUAAAGUAAUUCUAUUUGCUGUGCAAAUACAUAA